AUGUUCAUGCCCACCCAAUACACGGAGAUCGGCAAACGGCCUCCGUGGCCUCGUCAGACUCUACAGCUUGUCGCACAGCUUCCGCCAGGUUUCCGCCGCCUCGAUGCAUAUCUUCUGCUGCGAGAGCGAGAUCCCCAACGGCUCUCAGCACUCUCGUACCUCGACAUCUUCUCCCUGGUCAAGAGGGCCGUGGAGGAUCGCUUGGGCGGUGUGCUGUCUUUGCUCCUCGAGGAUAUCAUCGGACCAGAUCUGGCGACACCAAACACCAAGUCCGGCUGCUUCCAAGUAUCUGCGGGAACCGAAGAACGUUAUCGACUGCUCCGCGCGAUUUUGGUGCGCAGCAAUCACGUCGAUCCGCUGCUGCACGACGAGGCUGCUCUGGACGUCUUCAUGCUCAUGUUGAACGAUCUGCUGCAAUCACGUCAGACUGCGUCUGACAUCGAAUCUCAGAAUACUCACGAUGGCGGUUCAGCGACGAAGCCAGCAACGGCCACGGCCUCGUCGCUCGCACGAGGCACGAUCAUCGCACUCCCGGACGACUUCCCUCUCGGCGAAACACGGCGCCUCGUCCGACUCAUCGUGCAUCUCGGCAAACCCGAGCUCGCGCCCAUCCUCAAAGUCAUGCGAGCACACUUGGAAGCCAGUACAUCCGACUUUCCAACCGCUCGCGAAGGAGUGCCCUUGAUGACUUACUACCUCCAGCCGAGCCUGCGCGACUUUGGGGCUGCUCUCGACGUGGUACGCGCGCUCAGGGAUACCAACGCUGUAGCACAGCAAGUCGUUGAUGACGCCAUUCGCGAUGGCAAAAAGUAUCUCGCCCAACUCCAAAGGUCUAUCUUGUCGGGUCCCGAUGACGCACAGGCUCGAUUGUCGGACGACGAGCUCCAACAAAUCUGCUUAGAUGUCUCCCUUCGCCUGAUCAUGACGAAGAUUCUGAUGGAUAUCCGCCCAGGAGGUGGCCUCUCGUUCCGCAAAGCAUUUGAGAACCUCGGCGCCAGCCUGCGACUCGACCUUGUUGACGCCAGCGACCUUCAAGCAAGCGACAAUAUGAAGCCUCUGCUAGACGUGCCCAUGCGCAGCAUUCGCAGCGCCUUCCUCCACCUUGUCGGCCAGAACGACCGAUCUUGCUUGGCACAAGCCCUCUUCCUGCUUCAAAGAAGCGAUCACCGAUUCGUUGCCAUGCUUCCGAGCGCCGACCUGCAAGACUUUUGCGACGCAGCUCGCAGCGUGGAUGCCAUGGAUCUAGCUGCUGAGACCUAUGCGCUGGUUGUCAAGGCCAAGACGUCCCCUUCUUGCACUUCGGGCCUGCCGGCUGAUUACAAGCACGUCUUGGCUCGCGACGCCAUGCUGCUCGACGCAGAUCUGUUUCUAGCUCUUCUGCGGGAGAUGCUGGCAAACGGUCAGAAGAUCGUAGUCAUCGCGCUUCUUCGUGCGCUCCGUCUGCUUCCUCUCACGGAGUUCUCGGUGGUUCAGCUCAAUUUGCGCUUCUCUCAAGGACACCGAUCUCAACUGGUUGCAGUCCUGGCGAAGGUAGGAUUGACCGAAGAGGCUUUCGAGCUUUUUCAACACUGGACGCACUGGCGCUACGAAGCCGAUUCGGAUCCGUCUGGGUCACUCUCUGGCAGCACCAGUCUUCGAAAGAAGGGGUGGGCGCAAGUAGCGGACCCCCUCAUCGAACGUCAGGUCCGCCUGAUGCACGAUCCCGCCAGCCAUGUCGCCACCUCCGCCGACUGUCUCCUCUCUCUCGUCAAAGGUCUGUGUCGCCGUAGCCUUACAUCAGCAUCUGACGGGCAGUCCAGCAACGAGGCAUCACCGAUGUGGACAGUUCCACCGUCUCAACUCGACAAGGCAAGAUUCGUCAUCGAUGUCUUCCGGCAUGCCUGCACGCCGUUGGAUUGGACGCACUACCAGCUCACAGCUUUGGCGCAGGCCUGUUUCAUAGCAAAGGAUGUGCCUGGAGCCUUUGACGCCCUCGCCAGGAUCAGCUUCCUGCGUGAGAUUCCCGACAAGGUAGACAUCACCGUCCUGCUGGGCGGACUUGUCGAGCUGGACGCAGACAAGGCAGUCGACCUCUUCAUCCGACAUUGCACAGCACCCCAAACGAUUGGUGGCGCUGGAGACAAAAGGAAGUUGGCAAGAUCGAAAAAGCGUGUCGCACCAGUCGACAGGUCGCCCUUGCUGGCACCGAUGGAUCCCACACCCAGACUCACCUCGAUGCUCAUCACGCGCGCUCUCGCCCAGAAGCGAACGGACCUAGCGGACAAGCUGUACCAGUUCGGUCAAGCUGCGGGCAUUGCAUCGCGUCUCGGAUAUACGGCCUCGCUUCGUAGCAUCUUUCUGCCAGACAUGGCUCCUGCCAAGGUUGUGCAGACUGCACACCGCGCGUUGCAGCAAGGAUGGGAAGCAGAUCCGGCAAUCCUCGAAAAGUUGGCGCGACGCCUUCUCAAGGCCUCGCUGAGAGAUGCUGCUCCAGAGGGGAACGGAGCCGUGCCCGCGACCGGCGAAAAGGGGCUGUCUCCCAAGGAACGUCUACAUUGCGUUCAGGCUGCCGUUGCCCUCUCGGGGAUCAGCGCUCGGAUGAAGAACGUGGUUAAUCUGCGCACGGUCUCUCGUGCAUUGUACGCGGUCAUCGAUGCGGCAAGCUUGUUCAACAAGAAGACAUCGGCCUCGACGACGACUCUCACCACUGUCGAAGCUGUUGGCUCACCUCUCCGAGCUGCACGACAGCAAGGUCAGGAACAAAGGCGUCUGCAGUGGAUCGCAUGUCUGGACUCGAUCGUACAUAUGCUCCGAUGGACCAAGUACUUCGACACUGGCGAUGAUUAUCGUAACAGCUUGCCGCUGUGGAAGCUGAGUCACGCUGGCGACGGCCAGCUCGUCUCUGCGGAUCUGGGCGAGAUGAUGGACCGUGCAUUUGACGGUGCUCGGGAAGCGCAGCAGAUUCGAGUGACGACGAGCGCAGCCGCCGCCAUGUCCCCGAUCUCACCCGGCGCACUCGCCGACGAAUCUACCUUUGGCGCAGAAGAGCAUGCAGAUGGAAUCGGUGCUGCGCCUGUCAAUGGUGUGGGACCGACGCCGAAGCAGCGAGCAGCGAACGUCCUGCCCGCGGAUCUGUUCCGGCGCAUCAUCGAAGCAUACCUAACCCUUGGUGACGUGUCUGGUGCAGCCGAGGUGGCGUCCUGGAUGCGCGACGAGGCCAAAGUUGACCUCGGCCGCAAUGGUGAAGAGACCACCGAGUUCGUCGAUCGCAUCAAAGCAGCGGUCCUGAAACGGGAAGCCAAGCAAACUUCGUCCGAACACAGCAUGGUCGAUCAGAAGGCGGAAGACAGCAGCAACAUCCUGCGCAUGUUGGCAGGUCAACAACGCACUGCGCACACCAAGAGCUGGUGGUUGCCCUAG